UACUGGGUAUUGUAUGUCUUGCAUUGACGUGACUGUAUCUCUACAGCAUUUUCUGUACUCUUAGCAGGUAAAUUAACAUCCCCCCCAUCCCCCCUCUAGAUGUUUAAGGUUUAUGCAGGAAAGGCGGCACGCAGCUUAAUGCAAACCUUUGAACCGUAAUGUAACGUGCAGUAUGGGAUGAUGUUUACUGCUCCUCACAUGUCCUGUUGCUUAACCAUCAAAAUGCGGCAUGUAACGUCACGGCGGACACGCAUGCAUGAACACAAGUGGCCCGUUCAGCUCACGGUAAAGGUGGUCCCGUAUGUCACAGCCUGCCUUCAUCCCUGCUGUAAACGUCUCUCUUAAGGUGGUUCGGAUGUCUGGAAGCUCACGGCAGCCGUGUGCUGACUGAAUGAAGCCGCCCCACCUGUUGAAAUGUGUUUCCAUGUAAGCACGGCCGCCGUCGUGUAGAUUUAGAGCUGCAGCGCAGCUGCUGUGACGGCGUUGGGUAACGGUUUGCUCUCGGACUUUGUCAAUAAUCCGUUUCUGUCCAACUUUUCAGCAUCGAGGCAACAAUCAGGGAAUGUAGAGUCGUCUGUUUACAAGGCUUAGGCGCCACCUGGUGGCGGUAAUCUGUCCGUUACAUCACAGACUUUCGUAAGCGCAGUUCAGCAGGAAGGAGUGGCAGGAGCUUUGGCCUUCCAGAGGAAUCACAGUGGAUUUCAACAAUACAUAACUAUAAAAAGCAAAGUCACCUCCUGCAUCGGGAUCAUAUCACAGGGUCAUAGAUUGCAACCUAAUCAGAAUACAUUUCUCUUUGAAAUGCACGCCGUCCCAUUCGUAUUUGUUGGUUUAAUCUUCCAGAGUCAAUUCAGACAUAGAACAAGCGUUUUCUUAUUUAAACUACUUCUUUAGAAGACUUUAAUUUGUGCUUAUUUUGUGUUUGUAAAGUAAAUAAUCAGCUUUACUGUUCUCCUCUCCAUUCCAGGACUAAUUUUAAAAUCUUUUUUUUUGAGCAUUUUCUAAGGUUCUUAUCUAGUUUGGCUCAGGCUUUACAUACACAGUCAUUUUACAUGAUUAUAGUGCAUGUCAGUGGUCAGCAAAGAUGGAGUUACAAUGUGUGUGAGAGAGGCGUCUCUUUUCCAAGGUUUCCACGAGACGGCCGACGUCUCCAAACUCAGCAUGUUGAGGAGAGACUGAAAGCUUGGUCACAGUUAAUUCACCAUUUAACAUAGGCGGAUAGUUACUUUUGAAAGCUUUCAUUCAUCCGUAAAAAAUGUGAAAUGAUCAGUUUAAUAUAACUUUUUGUGUUCAGUGUUUGUUCUUAAUAUAUAUACAGAGGUUUAGAACAUUUUUUUUUUUUUUUUUUUUUUUUCCCCAAUACUUCAGUCCAACUUUUCUUAGUUUGUGAAACUAACAUUAGAAAAGCAAAGCCUGCAGGAUGUUAACAGGAACUCUGACUUCCUCCCCCGCCUGUCUGCAGGUCAUCACCUGCUUCGGCCUCUCCGUGGUGUCGUGUCGCUACGUGGGAUUCUCCGUGGUGGCCCUGCUGGUGGAGAUCAACUCGGUGUUCCUCCACCUCCGGCAGAUCCUGCGCAUGGCCAGCAUGGCGGCGAGCACGCUCUACCGCGUCAACAGCAUCAUCAACCUGGGCACGUACGUGGUUUUCCGCAUCAACACGCUGGCUUGGAUGACCCGCUGGCUGGUGCUCAACAGGGACAAGAUCCCCCUGCUGGCCUACACGCUGGGCAGCGUGGGCAUGGCCAUCAUGACCGUCAUGAACAUCAUCCUCUUCUGCCGGCUGCUCAGGAGCGACUUUUUAAAGACCAGCACCCGGGAGGCCAAGAAGGAGAAGGAGAUGUAGAACUGCGCUCUGUUAGGACCCCGGUGGCUCGGAUCCAGCGCUCGUUUAAGAGACGGAGAUCUGUGCUGCAAAUGUCGCCGGACCUCCUCUGACCUCGCUGGAGGAAACUUCUUCCCCCUCAGCUGCGGGUUUUGGCAUUAGAGCUUGUGUGCUUCACCUCAUGAAGGACAUAAGUCCUGUAAGUCCUGUAAACGUGUUGCCUACCAAAUGCCUUUGGUAGGCCACCUUUUAAACAGAUCCUCACACAGCCACUGGGAACAGAAAAUGUAAAAUAUCUUUAGUAACAUCAUAAAUGUAUCACUUAAUCCAUCUAGUUUGCUUUAAACACAUCAUGCUGUUGAUUUUUUUUUUUUUUUUUUUAUUAUGUUUUUACCCACUGAGUAGAUAAAUCAGUAACGCCCUCUUAUGGUUUGACUUUGGCACUGCAGAGGUGAAUGUGUUCUCCGCCAAAUGUCCUCAACUAAAAACCGCCUGCUACCUCAGAACUGGUUGCUAGCUCUCCCGCUUUGCUGACAGUGUUGAUCACUUUGUUGAAAAUCUACGAAUGACUUGAAUCAAAAACGUACGCGCGGUGCCCGCUCUCCACAGGUAAUUUCAAGCCUUUUAAAAAAAAAGACCUUAGGAUAAUUUCCUCUCGUCUUUGCUGCGUUUCUCCAGCGAUGAGCUUUGUUUGGUCCUUGUUGUUUCGCGCUCUCAGAUGUUUCAAGCUUUAUUUUUUUUACUCUGACUCUGGAUAUGGGCAGGUUUAGUCGAGCACUGAUUUUCGUGUAAUCAUUUCCCGACUCGCAGAACAGAAAUAUGCAUCUCCCUUUCUCGAAUGGCUUGUAUUUCCCAUUUUGAAGAGUGGCUUGGAGAAAAUGAGCCUUUCUGCCAUCUUUAUACUCCAGAGACGGAGAAAGUCAAGACUUGGUAUAAGAUAGAUCCCCAGUGAUAUAUAUCUGUUUUUAUGCCAUUCUGGACAUGAAGGUGCAAAAUAUUAAUCAUAAAUAUCUUUAAUAAAAGUCUAAAUCACGAUGCUACACUGAUUAAAUAAAGUUUUGAUUGUUUAUUGUAGUGUGGAGCACAGUUAGCAAACUUUUAUUACCUUAACUUGGUUUGCAAAAUCUCCAGUUUAAGCUGAAUUUAAAAUCUACACGAGUCGUAAAAUUAUAUUUUUACUUAUUUUUCAAAUUAUUUUGCAUUCAGACUAGAUAUAAAACUGAACUAAACCGAUGAGUUGAGUAUUAAAAUUACAGUCAGAUGUGGCAAGUGAACAAUAAAGGUUGCAAAAAUCAAUGUAAAUAAACAAUAAUAGAUUUUUUUUUUGUCCUUU